GCGAUGCCGGCUCAACAACGCCACGUCGCGAGCCGCAGGGCUGCAUACUCGCCGUAGGCAUGCGUCGACGACGAAGCUAUGCGACACUUCUCGCACUAGGCGUGCUCUUGGCCGACGCCGCGGCACCCCGCGCAAACUUGAGGCCAGCGCUGCAGCAGGCGCUGCCGAGGCGAGCAGCCCUCGCGACACUCUUGACGCCCGCCGCCGCGCACGCCGCGCAGCUCACGGACCAGAACGCGCCCGUCACGCGACCGGAGGCCGGCCGCGCCUUCGGCGAGGCGAUCCUCCCGCCCGUACCUUUUGGCAGGGCGACGUACCGCUACGACCUCGGGCGGGGCGCUUAUGCUUUUGAGCAAUUAUUGCGGUUCCAGAACGUGUCGGCGACGGUGAGGAUGAACGUUCAGAGAUUGAGGAACGGGAAGUUGUGGGUCGUCGCACCAGUGGCGCCGACCGGUGAGUGUUUAUCACUCCUAAAGGACAUCGGAGAAGUGGAACACUUGGUCCUACCGGUCACAGCACUGGAGCACAAGGCCUUCUUCGGGCCCUUCCAGCGCCAGUUUCCGUCCGCGUCAGUGUGGGCCGCACCCGGCCAAUAUGGGCCCUUCGGGACGCUCGGUUUCUCACCAGAAACGUCGACGCUGCCGUUUCGAGUCGACGGCGUGUUACCACGGACGAAGAAGGACAAGCAGCCGCCCUGGUCGUCGGAAAUCGAAACCAAGACGUUCUACGUUGAUUUACCCGGCAACGCGGGCCCGGUCGCCGAGGCGGCCUUCUUCCACAAGGAUACCAAAACUCUGUUCGUGACGGAUGCGGUGUCCUGGAUUCCACGACUAUCUAGAGCUCCCAACAUUUUUCGGACGUCCUUCGAUGACAAAACAUACGACAACGACGACUUUUGGCCUAAGUCGGUGUUACAAGCAGUUUUCUUAUCGUUGCGGAAGGAUGGCCAGAGGUGGCCGGGCUACGACGCCAUCACGGACAAAGUCGUGCGGGCUCCUAUCCUAGCUGCAUUCGCGGACAUCCGGGCUCCCUCGGAAACGAUAGCGUGGAUCGACGACGUGUGUAGGUGGCCCUUCGAGCGCGUCGUGACGUCGCACUUCGCGUCGCCGUUCGCUGCCUCUCCGGCGGAGGUGCGGAGAGCCUUCGGCCAAAAUCCCAAUAAAAUCGAUGCGCGAGACUGGAAGCAGCUUGACGACCUCAACAAGGUCAUCGUCGACAACGACCUCGGCGCCGUCAUCAAGGGCGACUACCACUGAAAAUCGCACCAUUCGUCAGUAGUAGGCCUAACAUCGGUAAUCUA